AUGGAAACAGACACGCAACAGUCGAGGUUCGCGAUACAUGCCGCUGCUCGCGAGGGUCAGACCAAACAGGUCGAGUCCCUCUUGAACGCCGACCGACGCCUCGCAAAUCGUCGCGAUGACGACGAGCGAUUACCACUGCACUGGGCAGCUUCCUACAAUCGCCUGCCUAUUGUUGAAAUCCUAGCCGACCAGAAAGGAUUUGAUGCGGACGCGCAGGAUGGAGCAGGAUGGACGGCUCUGAUGAUGGCCUCAAGUCUGAAAGAUGCCGACGCGCUGGUUGAUCUCCUACUUGCGAAGGGAGCAGAUCCCGCCACGACGACGAGCAAUGGCCAGACUGCAUUACACUUCACAGCUUCUAAGUCAAACCUCGACACCGCGCGGAAGCUGAUCGCACAUAAAGCAUCGGGCAGGAUCAAGGACAAAAGAGGUCAGCUACCGCUACAUCGUGCGGCAGCAAUUGGACAUGUACCGAUGGUCAAACUAUUGCUCGAGCACAAGAGUCAGAUCAAUGCCCAGGACAUCGAUGGUCUCACGGCGUUGCAUCACGCUAUAUCUGAAGGUCAUGGCGACACUGCUCUGGUGUUACUCAAAGCUGGGGCAGAGACGGACAGAAAGGAUGGCAAUGGCGCAUUCGCAAUAGACCUGGCGCCGGAUGCGAAGGUCAGAAGCUAUAUUGUGCGAGCUGCUGAGGAAGAGGGCAUCGAGCUGGCAACAGUCAACCCUGUUAUGCAGAUAUUCUAG